AUACAUUUUCUAACUUAGAGUCGACGUGUGUUCGUUCAGUUAACGGCAACCCAACACUGAGCACAGCCUAAAAGGUGCUUUGAGUGCUGAUCCUGAUCCAAAGAGGAAGGCUCGCAGUCUGGGUGGGGCAGUUAAGGUGUGUUUGUCUGUCGAGUCACUGGGCUUAGCAACGGGAACCGCGACUCAGAGACAAGUCCGCCCGUCUUUACAGAGAGCAGGCAAGUGCAUGAACAGACGAGUUUCUACUUUUGGGCUUUUAACGGAGACACCAAUCCAUCAUCCGUCAUUCUCCGGUUGUUUUAACUUGCGGUGGAGUCCAGCUUCCUCCUACAGACCGGGGACAAAGUCCAUCUUAAGUUUUCAAAAAUGGCGAGGGUUUUAUUUUUCAACAUCUGCCUGGUGUUGAUGCUGUCCCGCGUGGAAUCGUGUUUCAUCUCGAACUAUCUAUACGUGCAUGUGCCACAAACAAUUCCGGCAGGAUACCAAAUCACAAAAGUUGAAGUUGGCGGCUGUGACGCCAAAUCUGUACUCUUUACUUUGAAGGACCCACGCUUUACAAUAAAGAGUAAUGGAGUAAUUGAAACUUUAACUCCGGUGUCAGUGGCAGCGGCAGGGCAGACAUUUUCUGUGUGGGUUCAGGACGAUAGUGGGCCGGGAAGUGAGAUGGAAGUUCACCUUGUCCACAAUACAAUGCAGCCAAGAGAGCACACAGGCCAAGGCUUCUUGAAGCGCUCCAAGAGACGUUGGAGUCCCCCGCCUUUCAACAUAAGAGAGAAUGAGAAGGGGCCUUUUCCAAGACGAAUUGACGAGAUUGUAUCAGAUUCCUCAGCCAAGUUCAGUGUGUACUACAUCCUGAAUGGACCUGGUGUCAAUGAGCAUCCAGUGGGGGUGUUCUCUCUGGACCCGAAAAAUGGGACUUUAUUUGUGCGACAGACAGUUGAUCGUGAAGAGUUCCCAUUAUUUACAUUAACGUGUCGUGUUUACAACCAAGUAACAAAUCAGGAGACAGACUCUCCUUUGGACAUCACCAUAAAAGUAGAUGACGAGAAUGACAACGCUCCAACAUUCCAAGAUGCACUGCAGUUUACUGUGCUCGAGCAAAGCAACCCAGGGACGGUGGUAGGCAAGGUGAAUGCUACAGACAGAGAUGAACCAGGAUCUCAACACGUCAAGAUCAGGUAUAGUCUCUUGACUGGAUCAGACCUGUUUGCCAUCCACCCAGCGACAGGAGUCAUCACCACAGCAACUAACACCCUGGACAGAGAGGUAAAAGAAAAGCAUACUGUGACAGUACAAAUCAAAGAUAUGGACGGCGCACAAAAUGGUUUGUCCACCACAGGAACAGCAACCAUUGCUCUGGCUGAUAUCAAUGACAACCCACCCACUUUCACAAAAACAUCUUAUGAGGCCAGUGUCAUAGAAAACGAAAAUGACAAACUUAUCCUCCGAAUUCCUGUUGAAGAUAAGGAUUUAAUAAACACACCAAACUGGAUUUCUAAAUUCGUCAUAACUAAAGGAAAUGAAAAUGGAAACUUCAGGAUCACUACUGACCCUAAAACAAAUGAGGGGCUUCUGUAUGUUGCAAAGCCCUUAGAUUAUGAGAAGACCAAAAACGUAAAGCUUGACAUUAUGGCACGUAAUGAAGCUGACCUGAGUGGCACCAAGGCCCAAUGGCUGUCUGUCCCUGUGAAUGUCAAUGUCAUCAAUGUCGAUGAGGGUCCGGAAUUCACAGCUCCCACCAUCCGCUUCAAUGUCAAAGAGAACACACCGAACGGCACGGUGAUAGGAAGUUACACAGCUAAAGAUCCCGAGACCCAGAGCAGCGAUGGCAUCAAGUAUUACAAGGCCAUAGAUCCAGCCUACUGGAUCAAUGUCGACAGAAACACCGGAGAGCUGAAGGUUGCAAAUACUAUUGACAGAGAGUCACACUUUGUCCAGGAUGGAAUUUACAACAUCACCGUGAAGGCUAUUGAUGCAAGCUCCAAGACAGGCACAGGAACAGUCAUCAUCGUGGUGGAGGACGUCAACGACAACAUACCAACACUCCCCACCGGUGAGCUGGUGUUGUGUGAAAAGGAAGGAACGCUUGGCUCCGUGCUGGUUGUCGCUGAAGACAAGGAUGGGUCUCCCUUUUCUUCCCCCUUCAGCUUUAGUUUGCCAGACAAUAAUGAUGGCACAUGGUCUGUGACAAGAAUUAAUGACACAACAGCUACAUUGCAGCACUUGAAAGAGCUUCCUACAGGGAUACAUACUGUUCCCAUCUACGUCACAGAUCUGCAGGGCUUUGGUAAAACACAGACGGUGAAAGUAAGGAUCUGCCAGUGCAGGAAUGGAGCCUGCUUGGCCAAGCAAAGCUCUGUGUCAUUAGGGCCACUGGCUUUACUGGCUAUGCUGUUGCCUCUUGCCCUCCUCCUUCUGCUCGGCCUACUCCUCGCCUUUUUCUGCAUGACAAAGGGUGACACAUUGGAACUGAAGGAUGAAGCAGACAGUGGUGGAAUCCUGCUCAAGUCAAACACUGAAGCCCCAGGGGAAGAAGUGGAUUCAAGUCUCCUCACCUUCCCCCCUCUUGGGGUUGACCAAGCAGUUAAAGGCUCAGUUAAGGGCACUAUGACAAAUGCAGGGUGGAUGGGGAACAAAAGCUCCAGCACGAUCGGAGCACAUACCACACAUGAGCUUGGGACGUACAAGUCUAGUGGUGUCACCAACGAUAUGCAAGAAUACUAUGACCAGUAUGAAAGUCAGUAUGGUGCUCAACAUUUAAAUGGAGCUCAUCUUCUUGCUAGUGGUGUGAGCUUUGACAACAGGUACCAUGUCCAGGACUCAGCUUUUCUUCACACUUGGAAAACCAACGGCCGCUAUCUACACCAGAAACUAGCCUACCUGGGAACAGAGGAGGACGGCCGGUACGCAGACGACAUCAUCCACUCCUACGGGUUUGAAGGGGCGGGCUCUGCAGCUGGCUCUGUGGGAUGCUGCAGUGACUAUGGUGACAACGAUAACCUUGACUUCCUUAACACACUUGGACCAAAGUUCAAAACUCUUGCCGACACCUGCAAACACACAUGAACAAUGAAGCUCAAAAACAAUGGUGUUUACCUUACAGUAUACUGUACAGGAUGCAGAGAGGUCUGGGAUCUGAAUGCUUGGCAUGCCCCUAAACAUGAAUGAGGGGAAAACCCCCCAAAAAACAAGCAGAUGGCGUCAGUUUGUGCAUAUAUUGCUUUUUGUUUUUUGUUUUCUUUGCUGCUUUUUGGUCUUUUGCACUGAAAAUUAUGCAGAUGCAGUCAGUUGUACAUAUUUUGUGUUGUAUAGUUGUUGUUGUUUGCUUUGGUUUUUCCAUCCACCCAUUAGCUAUAUCCAUUUAUCCUUUCAGAGAAUGGCAGGGGGCUUGUUUUGCAGGUUCAUAAUGGUAGUUGUAUUGAUAUGAUGUAGGGCUGUGGGGUUUUCUAUUGAUUAGUAACAACUUUGGGUAUUUUGGGGUAUUAUUAAUUAUCUUUCUGGACAGUUCAUGAAACAGUUUUGCAUUUGAGUGGCUGAUUUUAAAUGGUGUAAUAAAUUUAAUAUAAUUUUUUUUAAAGAAAAAAACCCUUACUGCCUUUUAGUAUUUCACACAGUAAUUAUCUGUGCAAACGCAUUCUAGCACAGCUCUUGACCGCUGGCGAGGGCGUAGCCCUCAGUGUCAUAAAGGUUGCUGCAACAUUCUGCCAGUAAUCCUGCAAAAAGUCAGCACAAGGGCGUGAACGGGAGGAGUGAGGAGUUACUGACAUUGCCUGCAACUGUCUGAAUACAAUAGCGACCAGAUAUAAGAAAAGCUGAACAAGACAAUGGACAAUAAAAAUGUCCACGAACCUGCCAAUUAAAGGGAAUCUGACAUACCCAUAUGUAUAUAUUAAGUUGUCAAAGCUAAUUUAGUUAGGUUAUUAAAGAUUUUUAUUUAAGUCUCAGCUUAAUUUAAUGGAAAUUCAGAAUAAAUAAAUAAAUAAAAUGAUUAAGAAAGGGAUGCUGUAACUACUAAAUGCACUAAAGGCUUUUCUUACAGCUUGGAUUCCUUGUUACAGUAUGAUUUCUUUUAUUAACAUUGUAAAAAAAAAAAAAAAAAAAGCCCUCCUGUUCAGUUUUGACUCUGUAUUUUGGCAUAAUGAUAAAACAGUAUAUUAAAGCUGAAACAGUU